CCCGCCGUACCCAGCAGGCCGCGCGGCGCCCAGCGCUGUCGUGGCGCUCGGCGGGUGCCUGAGCCGGGCGGCCGAGCCGGACCUGGGCCGCGGCCGCCCUCGCCCCGCCGAGCCCCGCUUCCCUCAGGCGCUGUGGGCUCGGGAGCCCUUCUCCUCCUCGCGUUGUUCUUCCUUCUCCUCCCUCGGCAGUCCCGGGCACAGCGAUGAGGCGCGCGGGGCUGGGCGAUGGAGCACCUACUGGUAACUAUGGCUAUACCAAUAGUGGAUACAGUGUUUAUGAAGAAGAAAAUGACAGGUUAACAGAAAGUCUCCGUUCAAAAGUCAGUGCCAUUAAAUCACUUUCCAUUGAAAUUGGAACAGAAGUUAAAAACCAAAAUAAAAUGUUAUCAGAGAUGGAUAAUGAUUUUGACUCUACGGGUGGACUUCUGGGUGCAACUAUGGGCAGACUGAGAAUACUCUCCAGAGGAAGCCAGACAAAGCUAUUAUGCUACAUGAUGCUCUUUUCAUUGUUUGUUUUUUUUGUAAUAUACUGGAUUAUUAAACUGAGGUGAUGCAUGUUACCUUUGGUUUUAGAUUGUGUACUUUCAACUAUAAAGCAGUCUUAAUUAAUGAAGACAUGGAUCUGAAGUGGCAUGUUCUGUUGAUAAAACACAGUGAAAUUGUAAAUUGCAUUAACUGUUAAUGCAAUGUUAUAUAGUUUUCUUAAUGUAUCGGAUUUUUUCCUCAUCAUCCCCUGUUUUGGGGGGAUUAUAUGUAAAUAUGCAGAAACUGCUAGCAUAGUAGGUUGCUUUUUUAGGGGAAAAUAGUUUUUAGAAUUGAUUUUAAAAUAGAGAAAACAACAGUUGUUUGGAUAUGAAGUAAUUGCAGAAUUACAAGGCUUUCUCUUUCUGUGUUUCGUUUUGGGCCAUGCUCUAAAUUAGAGCUCCAGUUUCAGGCAUAUAGUAAUUUCCAGGUUGCAAAAGCAUGAAGAAUACUUGGAUCUUUCUAAAUCGGUUUUAUCUGCGGCUUUUUAAAAGGCUGGCCUGAAGCUAACAAAGGUAAUAGUGGCACCCCCCCAAAGUUAUUUUUGUGGAUAGGUCUGAUAGUAUAUGUGUUUAAGUAGCUUAAACUGGGGAGAAGUUUGGGGGAGAAGUUACUUAAAACUGGAUUUUUUCAAUUUAAAUGUGACAAAUUAUGCUUACACGUUUCUUUUAAGCAAAUGCCUUUGAUCACUGGGAUCAAUGAAGAUGGACACAGUACAACUGUUUUCUUUAUAUUUAAAGUAUGUAAAACUUAAUGAUUCCAUUGAAUCACUACAACUUUUACCAUUAGUAUGUUUACUUUUCAAUCGGCGAUGAUUCCUAAAUCUACACUGCAUGAUGUCUGAAAUAUGAGGUCAGAUAUUUUGCAUCUUAUAUUGAAGUAUAUGAUGAUGCACCUGUUGGAGGUGCUGUCAUAUCAAGGUUUUUUAUUUCAAAGACUUAGUUUUGGCUCACCAAAUAGUUUCUAAUAGCUGAAGCUAUUAUAUUUCAGAGUUCAACAUUCAAAAAUUAAGUUUCCUAGAUAUUGAAAUUGUAUCUAUAAUUUUUGAACAACUUUUCUAGAAAUACUGUAGCAUGUUGCCGUUAAUAGCUAAUUACAGUGACAAAUAAAGUGGUCUGUAGUAUUCUA